AACGAAGAACAAUGAUCCUUGUAUGUGCKAAAUCCUUUUCUAGUGAUGGCUUUUCGAGAGAUCUUCUUUCAGAGGGAGUUACAGUACAAGUAGUACCUAUGGUUUAGUACAGAACAAAAAUACGAUCCUUCUUGCUGUAUWUCUUUAUUUUUUAGUACCUUUCUUGGAUUCUGAAGAAAGAUAAAAGAGUAAAGAGCGAAGAAAUGGUAUCAACCAUAUCGAAACAGAUAUGUAUUCAAUACACUUAUUGCUURUCGAUUUGGUGAGGCCGUCUUUUGUGAAAGCAAGAAAKWAAAAAAGUAUCAGCCACAGGAAAAAACACCAUGGUACGAGAUUAUUUUCUAUCGCGUUCGUCGGAACAGAAAUCCAGUGAUUCGUCAUCUCUCGGAGUUAUAUUCUCUUUGGUAGCAUUGGGAGCCGUAGUUGGUGCUACCAUUACCUUCCGUAUAUCGACAGCAGAUGCAAAAGAUAAUGAAAGGUAUCAAAACGAAACGGAGGACAUGGUCCCCAGGUGUACUUGCGACGCUAUCACGAAACGAGAGCGCCUUCCUCUGUUGGUGAUCUUGGUUCGUCACGGAGAAAGCGAAGGAAACGUCGACAAAACCGCUUGGUGGAGGAAAGCUGACCACGAUAUCGAGCUGACCGACAAGGGCAAGCAGCAGGCCGCUGAUGCCGGAAAGCGGAUUGAGGCUAUUUUCUCUGCCUACGACAACAAUUGCGAUAGCGAGAAUCUUGUUGGCAUCUCUACCAUCGAAGAUGAGGCAAACGAAAAUGAAAAUAAGACAAAUGUCCCACSUAUUCCAGGUCAGACACGGARGCGACGAUCAGUGAUACGUCACGUUCACCUCCACGUAAGUCCUUUUGAGAGAACGAAACAAACGGCKAAGUAUGCACGUCCCUUCUUCGACUACCGAGUGACAAAGUACAAGCUGUGCCCUCGUCUACGAGAGCAAGAGUUCGGAAAUCUCCAGGGAGAAACCUUUCAAGACUAUAGACAGGAGCAAAGCAAAGUUGGACGCUUCUGGUACCGCUUUCCGACGGGGGAAUCGGGCGCGGACGUCUUGGAUCGGGUCAAGUCGUGGUGGGAGUACAAUUUAAUCCAGACCAACAACAACCAUAAUUGUAAUCCGUUCGAUGACUAUGAAUGGGAUGGCUUCGGAAAGAACGAUCAUCAUUGCGAUGCGGUGGUAGUCUUUUCCCAUGGAUUGACCCUUCGAUCGAUCCUUUGCCAAUUGUUCAAGUGGAGCAUCUCUACRUUUCAUUCCGUUUACAACGCUAAGAACUGUGACCUUUACGUGCUAAAACGUGAUCUAAACAAGCCAGGACAUUCUCCUUAUGUUCUCGAUGGCAUUCAUGGAGACCUCCCGAAAUCGUCGAUUGAUGUAUGCGUGACACUUUCUCGCAAAAAGCCCAAGAAUCGAAAUAACAUCGACCGGGGUCGUAAUAUUGACAGCAACGAGAGGGAUGACAAGGGAAACUGGAMAGAGGAAGAGAAUUCCAUUCAAGAGGUAAAAAUAUACAAGCUACUGGAUUAUCUGAGUAUUCCAGCUCCCAGGAUGAGYCACACAAAAGAGGUGAAGAAUAAACUUGUAGAGCAAUAUCCAGAACAAUUUAAAGGUGGUUCAGCGGAUAUUGAAUCGGUAUCUUUCUUACCAUUUCAUUUAUGCAAUUCACCAAAACCACGAUCUCCACAAGAAUAGUGUAAUACUUCGUACUUCUCAUAGUACGAAGCGAGUACGAAACCUGUAUUAAAUUCUUCAGGAAAUCAUACAGCUACAGAAAUACUUGUAGGAAAUWGACUUGUUGAGCACAUCUGAUAACAGCUGCAGUAUCAGUACCAGACUGAAAAGUCGGAUCAGCGUAUUCUUCAGASGCUCAUCCGGUACCGUACGUACCGGUACGUAUGUACCGAGCUACGAUCCCAGUAUCGUAUGUUCGUACGCGUUACAGUACGUACGUACGAUAGAUUASAGUCACCUAUCACGUACGUUACGUACGGUUCAGAGUAGCCUACGUAMCGGUACSUACAGGUACGUACCGGUACUGUAGAAACUUAAAAUCCUCAUAGAUUCUGAGUCGAUCAAGUCAAUUGAAUUAGUUUUCACAUACGUGUUCGUCGUCRUGCGUUCGUAUGCCCUCCGUAUUUUUGGCGCACAGCGGAAUGGCUGUAGCGCAAUGUUGUUUUCCGACCGCCGUACCGUACGAAAUGCCUUCUGAUACACUUCAACAACGCUAAAAACGCAGGUUCUGCGCAUCGUUGUCGUCCAUCCCGCUCACGGUGCUGGAACUYYACGCAUCUYAAGAACARCGMCGUCUCCCAUUGUUUCUUCGAGCUGUUGCUAGUAAUAUUAAUAUAAUACAAGAUGAAGUUCCAAGUUCUGAUCGCUGGUACGUUGUCCUUUCAAUCCGGCGGUSCGCUUAGAGUAUAGCAGGAGUUGCCAUCGAAUGCCGUUGGGAAUAUUUGAAUGUCCUCGUUGCAUUUCGACGCAGCCUAUCAUGGGAAGGAAGGAGCAGCAAUGCGAGACAUGGGAGGUAUUUCGGAUGCUUUUGUGACUGCAGCACAAUCUGCUCUUUGCAUUUAUCUCAACGAUAUUACGUAGGGUUAAGGUCUCCCAAAUUGAGUUUCAAAUGACUUGUUUCCGAGACKGGAAAGAAAUCGAAAAAUGGGUCUUCUAGAAGUUCUAUAUUUYAAGUUCUCAUCGUUUACGAAAAGUUUGAGGCAUUGAUCGAUACUAACCGCUUUAUUUAUUUAUUCGAUUUCUCCUAUACACGAUCGUCACCGAUCUCUUGUUUAACCAUGCAAUAAUCACUAUCUUUCUUUUUUCGUUGCGAACGAACGGUUGCAAACAAUCACACAAUUUCAUUGAAUUUCGCGUCCACAUCAGCUUUGUUCGCCGCCUCCGCUUCGGCCUUCGCCCCAGCACAGACUGGCCGAUCGGUCAGUCCCCUUGCUGCUUCCAGUAUUCGCGAAGAAGUUGACACCCUCGGAAACAACAUUGCUGUCAAGAAUUUGUUGGAGGACGUCGAAGCCUCUGGAUUGUUGUCCAAGGUUGCCCAAUCUGGUUUGCUCUCSAAGGCCCAAGAAGCWGGCCUUUCCCUCUCCAAGYUGGAACCCCUUCUCGCCAUUGCUGCCGAAAAUAAGGAAGUWCUCGUCUUGGUUGAGGCCGCCACACCAGAGCUCUUGCCUUUGCUUCCCAAGGUUGUUGACAUCGCGCCAGGCGCCCUUCCGCUCUUGGCCACUGCCAUCACCGUCCCUCCUYCCGCUAUCGGCGCUGCUGGAAUUGCCUCUUUGGCCGGCGCUGCCGGUGCCAUUAUCCUCAUCCCUGACGAUUCCCUUGUGAAUGUUGCCGCUCAAACUUUUGCUGCUGGCGCCCUCGGAGGUGUUGGUCUUGCCUCCUUGGCGGGAUCUGCCAUCCUUGGAAAAGUACUUAAAUAGACAAACGAAGCAAAGAGCUACCAUGAACACAGAUAUAAUUUGAUAUUUGUCGACAUGAGACAAUACACACCCAUAAACAUAGUAAGUACUG